AUGAGCACCAAGGGUGGCAUGAGCGCGCACCACCAGGCAGAGAUCUCCAAGUUUCUCAAGUUCUUCCGGUCGCGCCUCGCGACGCACCUCGAGAACAUUGAGGCCGAGUUUGACGACACGCGCUCGGACCGCCUCUCGUCCGACGACAUGUACAGCCAGAAGGACGUGACGGACGUGCUCACGUCGCUCUGCUUUGCCAUCAAGGGCAACGCCCGCAGCGAGCUCCAGGAUACGAUCAACAUGACGGCGCUGCUCUUGCGCCAAGUGUUUGCGGAAGCGGAAGAGAACCAACUGCGCCUCGCGCUCGACACAGGCAUCGUCGAAGACAAGGACAUGCUCGAAAAGGUCGAGCGCCUCUCGGUGGCCGAGUGGGCGGGCGACGAGAAGCGCGCCAAGAAGGCCGUGCUGCCCAAGGCCGGCCGGUCCGACGAAGAGUUUGAAUCGCUCGAGAAAGAAACCCAGUCGCUGCGCGGCCGCCUCGAGCAGCUCCAAGUCGACUGCUCGCGCGCGCUCAAGGACAAGAGCCGGCUCCAGGACGACAUGGACGAGCUCCGGCACGCGCAGACGACGUCGAGUGGCCGCCACGUCGAUGCGCUCGAGAAGGAGCUGCGUGCAGCGCGCCAAGCGCUCGCCGAGUACGAGGCGAGUGCGAAGGAGGAAGAGGACCAUAUUUCGCAGACCAAGCCGUUCCUGCAGCUCAAAAAGAUGGUCAAGGACAAGAACGAUUUGAUUCAGCAGCUGCGCCGCCGCCUUCGCAAGUACGAGCCCGAAGACGACGACGCCAAGGCUGCGGACGACGACGACGACUAA